AUGACCGACCAGGGAGCAGCUCAAUUAGGGAACACCUUGAGGAGGGAGAGGCCAACCCUUUACUUUGAGGACGAGCAACUGGAUGAGGUUGUCUCCUUCUUGUUUGCCGUCAUCACGGAGACCCCAAGAGCAAGACAGCAGAACGACUGGAUUGACGUCGUCAUGAAUGUGCUCGUACCGCUCACGGCUGUUACCACCUGGAUGAUGAAGAUGAAGGUCCCUCAGGUCCUGGUUCUGCUCUGUGCAGUGCUACCUCUGGGUACAUGUAUCCAGUGCUACAGUUGUCAGGACUACACCGCCUCCUGCUCCAAGACUAAAGUCUGUUCACAAGACGACGCCUGUGUGACCCUGAAGGCCAGAGGUGGCGACACGUUUCGUUCUUGUGUGAAAUAUUCUGAGUGCGACUUCAACAGUCUGUCCUUCGUGUAUGCUCAGAUCCCGAGCUUCACUUUCUCCUGCUGCACCUCAGACUUGUGUAACUCCGCCCCCUCCGCCUCAGCCAGCCUUCUGAUUGGUCUGCUCUGCACUGCCCUUGCCAUGUGGUGGACCAAUGCCUGA